AUGCGCACCCGACGGGGGCGGGGCGGCAACGACGGCGACGUAACGAGAGGGCAAGCGCGCGCUGUGAAGCGUUUCUCGACCAAGAACAAGGCCGGAGCAAAAGGUAGGGGAGGUCGCGAGGUCUCGAAAAAGGCACGACGUGCGCGCAGGUGCGCGAGUUGCGCACGCCGCAGCAAGCGGCUGUUCGUACAGCUGAAGAGCGCCGCUCUGACGAACUUCUGCUACCUGACAAGGAAGUCGCCUGACAAGAAGAACUUCCGCAUAGCCUUGCGAAAAUAUGAUCCAGGAGUCAACAGACACGUCAUGUUUUAUGAGGCGAGGCUGCCGUCUGAGAAGAACAAAAAACAGAUAACUCUCUCCCUUCAGCGAUAUAUCCGCUGGACGGGGAAACAGGUCAAGCUCCUCCUCGACAAAGUGGAGAAAGCUUGGGAGUACGGGCGCUUUCAGAAGUAUUUUGACAACCAAGCGCCUCUACUCACUGACAGGCGUGGAAGAGCAGUUCCCCGGUACAAGUAG